AGUGCCCAAAAUGACCAACACUUCAGUCCUAGCUGCUUUUCCUUUCUCUCUAUAUAUAAACUCUCGCUUAUUAGCUUCCCUGUACUCAGUAUUAAUCAGCAACAAAUGGCUUCAGAUCACUAGACCAGAGUGAAGAGAGAAGCGCGUGUGUGUUGAUUGUCGUAAUGUCGAUGGUUGUGGCCUCUUACGCUCCGGCGAGCCGGUCGCCGGUGACGCGGGCGUCCUCCGGCGCACGGCGGGUUAGCCAUACACAGUCAUGGAGGCCGCCGCCGCCGCCGUUCUUCCCGGCUUCCGCCGCCGUCAAGUGCAGGCGGCCUACUCUUCCGGUGGCACGUUCUGUUGGCCCGCCGGAGAAACAUCGCCCUGUGCUCAACAUUCCUCCCACCGCUCUACUGUACCAAGUCCCGCCACCGGAGGGGAAAGAACGGUGGGAAAUCAAGGAUGACGAGGGCAACGUCCAGCUGUGGUUGCAGGUGCCCGGCCUGACGGAGGACGACCUGGAGAUCACCACCACCGACGAAUUGCUCGAGAUCAAGCGUAAGGCCGGUCGCGGCGACCCGCGGCGGCUCGACGACGUCCAAGGCGUUGGCUCCUUCCAUCUCCGGUUGCUCCUGACCAAGGAGUUUGUCAGCAGCCAGGUGACAGCCGAGCUGAAGGCCGGCAUGCUGGAGGUGACCAUCCCCAAGAACACAAACCUGCGUCGCACCGUAGUCAGGAUAGGGCAGCAAUCACAGUCUCCAGCUGCAGUUAGAACUGCGCAGCCGAAGGUCGUCGAUCCUCCUCCUGCCAAUUCGCCACCGAAGAAUAAUAAUCUUGUGAGAAACACAAGUGUGCAGUCGAGGAUUGAUCCUCCUGCGAGAGAGUCGCCGAAGAAUGAUCUUGGAGUAGGUAUCAGUGUUCAACCGAAUGAUUCUCCUGCGAGAGAGCCACCCAAGAACAAUCUUGCCGGAGGUAGAAAUGUGCCAACGAAGGAUGAUCCUCCUGCAAGGGAGCUACCGAAGAAUAAUUUGGCCGGAGGUAGAAAUGUGCCACCGAAGGAUGAUCCUCCUGCGAGAGAACCACCAAAGAAUAAUCUUGCCGGAGGUAGAAAUGUGGCACCCAAGGAUGAUCCUCCUGCCAAUGAGGCACCAAGGAAUAAUCUUGCAGGAGGUACAGGUGUGCCGACGAAGGAUCCUCCUAGAAAUGCCAAUGAGCCGCCAAAGAAUCCUCCUGGUACCCGUGAAGCCAACCUAGGAUGAGCAAAUUAACCGUGGUGGGCAUGUGAGAAUAAAGAUUAGAAUAGAUUAAACCCCAUGAGAGGAGAGAAGAUAUGUUUAUGUACAUGGUUGUCAUGCUCAGAGGGGCAAUUUUCACUGCACGCAGUUGGUUCACUUUAAUUUUUAUGAAAUAAAGUUAUUUGAUCGAUAUGAUUUGCUA